ACACUUUUCUCUAACUGCCACUUCAUUCACGCCAAGCAUAUGCUCUUCAAAUAUUCUUAACCCAAUUGUUGCUAAUAAAAUCUCACAAAGUUCAUAUGUUUCAUUAUAUAUAUUUUUUUGAUUUUUGUGAUGUGGGUAUUCUAGAUUUGAAGUCCCCUAACAAUACCCAUAUUUUAUUUUUUUUGGUUUUAAUUGAUUAACACGAUCAAAAUGAAAUUUGGCAAGAGAUUGAAGCAACAUGUUCAAGAAACAUUGCCAGGGUGGCGUGAUAUGUAUUUGAAUUACAAGGAUUUGAAGAAGCUUGUUAGGUUGAUAUCUUCAUCUUUGGAGUAUGGAAAAUCCGAAGCUCAAUUCGUGUAUCUUUUGAACAAUGAGAUAGAGAAAUUUAAUGUAUUCUUCAUGGAACAAGAAGAGGACUUCAUUAUUCGUCACAAGGAAUUACAACAAAGAAUAAAAAGGGCGAAUGAGAGUGAACCAUCAUCAGAAGGAGAGUAUGAAGAACAAAUGGCAAAAAUCAGAAAAGAUAUGGUUGACUUCCAUGGUGAAAUGGUGCUUUUAGUCAACUACAGCAACAUCAAUUACACCGGAAUGGCAAAAAUUCUAAAAAAAUACGACAAACAAACCGGAGGAUUGUUGCGUUUGCCAUUCAUCCAAAAGGUCUUGGAGCAACCUUUCUUCACCACAGAGCUCAUCUCAAAGCUUGUGAAAGAAUGUGAAACCACCAUGGAUGAGCUUUUUCCGACAGGGGUAGUGGCAGAUGAGAUGAAAGAGGCGGCGAUAAUGAUGGUGGGAGAAGGGAUUUUCAGAAACACUGUUGCAGCAUUGAUAACAAUGAAAGAGAUUAGAAAAGGAAGCUCAACUCAAAGUCAUUUCUCUCUUCCGGCUUUAAAUUUGCCUGAUACCGAGCUUAUUCGGUCCUUUCAACCCAAGUCACCCAUACCUAUUAUAUAACUUGAAAUUUUGGUUUCAGUUUUAGCUAUAUUAUUAGUAAGACCUCUCAAUGUAUUUGGUAUUAAAAUGUUUCAUAGUCUAUGGAAAUAUUAGAACUUGUAUUUUAACUCGUUAUCAACUAGCACAAAGAGUGGGGCAAUUGAACAUGUGAUGUGUUUUCUAAUGUUGGAAUGUGGCCUUUAAUUUGUAACAUCCAUGUUUUAAUGAGAUAAAUGUAUUUCGAUA